ACUCUCUCUUUCUCAAGCUCAUAGUCUCAAAAACCCAAAAACCAGAUCUUUCUCUCUCCUCACCAAAAAAAAUCGAAACUUUUUUUUUUGUUGGUGCUUGAUGAAAAGCAAAAUCCACCACCAGCCCAAUGGCGGCAACAAUGGUGUAGUUUCAAGUAACGAUAAUGGCUGCCGAAGUGAGUCUCCAAGCCCACCUUUAUCUCCAAACCGCCGUGUCCUCCGUCGUCAACGGCGGCAAACUUUACUCAGAGCUUCCUCUUUCUCUCUCCGGAGAAAUCUUCGUUACUUGCUUCUCCUUCCUAUGAUUUACGCUUCUGGGCUUCUCAUGUGUGUCGGUCCUUUCUCUGGUCUUGUCGGGUGGGUUUAUGUUCCCGGGUCUGUUUAUCGGAGCCCCGAGAUUUACCGGAAACUUAAAGAUGACAUUCUCUCUGACAAUUCAACUGCCCUUGAGUUGUCUUCUGUCUGGAAAUUCAAAAGAAGACCAAAAAUGCCAAAACCUUGUCCUAAUUCAACAGUUUCAUCACAUUUUGGUCUUAACAGAGAAUCAUCUGCUCUUGCUCCUAGUAGUGGUUAUUUGAUCGUCGAGGCAAAUGGCGGUCUUAAUCAGCAGCGUUCCGCGAUUUGCAAUGCUGUGGCUGUUGCGGGGCUCCUAAACGCAGUUUUAGUCAUACCGCAGUUUGAAUUUCACGCUAUUUGGAAGGAUUCAAGCAACUUUGGUGAUAUCUAUGACGAAGAUCAUUUCAUAUCGAGCCUCGAAGGUUAUGUGAAAAUUGUGAGAGAUGUUCCUGAUGAGAUAAUGACUCGUUUUAGUUACAAUGUUUCAAGUAUCCCUACUAUUCGGGUUCAAGCUUGGGCUACGGUGAACUACUAUAAUGGGGAAGUUUAUCCGGUCUUGAAGGAGCAUGGGGUUAUACGGAUUUCUCCUUUCGCAAAUAGAUUGGCGAUGAGUGUUCCACCGUAUAUCCAACUUUUGAGGUGCAUAGCUAAUUACAAAGCAUUGAAGUUUUCUUCAACUAUAUCAACACUAGCUGAAAAGUUAGUCGAUCGGAUGGUUGAGAAAAGCUCAGAGACCGGAGGAAAGUAUGUCUCGGUCCACCUUCGAUUUGAGGAGGACAUGGUGGCAUUCUCAUGUUGUCUCUACGAAGGUGGAAGAGCUGAGAAAUCUGAAAUGGAUGUGAUUAGACAGAAAAGUUGGAAAGGAAAGUUCAAACGAAGAGAUCGUGUCAUUAGGCCCGACCUUAACCGAGUUAAUGGAAAAUGUCCCCUUACCCCGUUAGAGGUCGGUAUGAUGCUCCGUGGUAUGGGAUUUGAUAACAACACUUCGAUAUAUUUGGCCUCGGGAAGAAUCUACCAACCUGAGAAACAUUUGGCUCCUCUCCAGGAAAUUUUUCCCCGUCUCUACACAAAAGAGUCUCUUGCAACUCCAGAGGAGCUUGCCCCAUUUGAGGGAUAUUCUUCCAGAAUGGCUGCUUUGGACUACACGGUGAGCUUGUUAAGUGAAGUGUUUGUGACAACCCAAGGUGGAAACUUUCCUCAUUUUUUGAUGGGCCAUCGAAGAUUCCUCUUCGGUGGACAUGCAAAAACUGUCAUACCCGACAAACCCAAACUCGUUCUCCUUCUUCAGGACAUGGAGAUGAGGUGGGAAGUUUUCAAAAAGGAGAUGAAACUGAUGCUAGGGGAAAGCGAUAGAAAGGGAAUGAUGGUACCUAGAGUAAGGAAGAUCAACCGGAAAACUUCCAUUUACACAUACCCUUUACCCGAAUGUGAAUGUAUCUUUCAUUUGUCUUCCAAUUUUUCAAGUACCGGAAACAUUCAGAAUCUUGGAGCUCUUCAUCCCACUUCCAACCUCAUGAAUUCUGCAAGACUAUAGUCCCCGAGUCAUUUUGACCCUUACACUGAAGCCUUGAGCCAAGUCCUGAACGUUUUUUU